UCCCUAUACCGUUAUGGAGACCCUCGAAUCUAGUCGCGUCUGCCGCCUUUGCGGCAAGCAAUCCGGUAUCUCGAUUAAUAUUUUUGACAAGAAUGAGAACCACGUGAAGAAAAUCAACGCCAUUCUCCCGAUCAUGGUGCACGAAAUGGACCUGUUGCCGAAGCACAUGUGUCAUCGGUGCAGUUACAAGCUAGAGGAGUUUCACAAAUUCUACAUGGACUGUCUGAAGACAGACGCGGGUUUGAAGAAUCAGUUAUCAUGGAUGCGAAAGGAGGACUCGAAGGAGAGAAUCGGUGUGCCGAUGGUGCACAUAGAAAACAUCAAGAUCAAAGUAGAGCCACCGGAUUACGACCUGUACGACGAUAACGACUACAUAAAUUCGAUGAGUUCGGUAACUUAUCCGGUGAACAGUGUCCAAUCCAAUAAUAUUCCCGAUCCUAUAACGUAUACUUCGUACGCACGUUGCGGUUGUUACUGUGAUAAAUCGGACCAAAGUAAUCAAACUGUACCUACGAGCUAUGAGAACGAAAUAUCGAGAUGCAGUAGAAUGAACGCCACGAGGCAGGAGAACGACGGCUGCGCCAACGUAUCGCGAGCUGCGCAGGGGAAUUUGUUGGCGCAUCAAGCACUCAAGGAACGAUCAAAUUUAGUUAAGCUUGUCAACGAGGUUAAAGAUUCACGAAGAACUACUUUUUCGAGUUUCAGUUCAUCGAUGGAUAAAUCUAGUAGCGGGAAAAAAGAAACUUCGAAAGAUGCGAUAGUUCGUAAUUUGAGGCCUAGAAAAGGUUCUGUGGAUUACGUGGGAAUUAGGAAAAGGCUUUCCGCUUGUUCGUCAUUGAACAAUGAGAAUAGGUCAACGAUCGUGGAGACAAAACUGUCAGCCCCGACGGAAUUCGAUGUGUCGCAGAUUAAGAUAGAGAAAUUCGAUUUCGAAGGACGCGUCUUAAGACCGAGAAAAGGGACCAUCGAUUAUAGAGAACCAAUACGGAAAUAUUCUAGAUCCACGAAUAAGAACCAAAGAUCGGAAAGCGAUCAACAUCGAGCGGAUAAGACGAAAGUUCGGAAUAUCGCAAGCAAAUUGAAAAAGAUGCCGAAACAAAUGAAAAACAAAGUAAAGUCAGAUAUAAAGACGGAACAGCUGUCAGAUCUGGAGGAUCUGGUACUGGACGGAUCGGUAUCGGCCGCUAUGUUAUCCCUAACCGAUGAGAUUGAUGCACUGCCUAACAAUUAUAAUGUAAACGUACGAAACGAUAGAGUUAAUUGCGAUGCACGAUUAAACCGUGCGCAGCAUACUACCGAUAAUUUUAGUAUAGCAAAUUGGAAACCAUUGCGAAAUUUACCCAAGGAUAAAUUGAAGUCGGGGAAAGUCGGUUUGCAUCGGAUCGAAGGAAUAAAUUAUUCGACGAGAUAUUUGAGAAGUCAGGAUGUUUGUCUGAGAAAUGGUAAGAUACGAAAACCCGACAGCACGAAUGUAUCGAUUAAGAAAUUGCAAAGAAGUUUUCGAAAUUUUAUGCACAGAAAUAAAACGUCUGGUAAAGCUUUAAUGAAGGCGAUCAGAGGUAGUGUUACGAGCAAAAUGUCCGCCGCGAUGAAAGUGCUAGAUAUCAAGCACUACUGCGACGAAUGUAACACGAGUUUCGCUAACAAAGAAUUAUUCAAACUGCACGUGUGCUAUGGACAUUGAUCGUUUUACGAAAUCGCCGGUAACGUGACAUCGCGUAAAUUUUUAUUUUUUAAGCCUCGAGCAGUCGGUCACGUUACUUGUAUUCGUACCAAUACAUAGGCCACGAUUACAUAGAUUUUUGUUGAUAAUUGAUCAUAAAUUUAUAUAUAUAUACACAUAUGUAUACAUACCUUUUUUUUUUUUUUUAAUCUUCUAGGGAAGAACAUGUACCUAUGAAAUUAUAGUGAGCACACGCUAUUGAUACGUUAAUAUUGUAAUACUAUUUUUAUGAACGGAAAUGUAUACAGUAUAAAUAAUAGUCGAUUGAUCAGUCGAGUUGACAGGGAAAAAGUAAAGUAAGGCAAUGUUGCGAUGUACGCUUAAGAAUUUAUGUAGAUAAAGGAUUCACGGAUCGCCUUCGUAUUUUAAAAUAAGAUGAUAUAUUAUGUAUAUAUAUAUAUAUAUAUAUAUAUAUGUAUAUCUUUUCAUAUAGAAUAUAUAAAUAUAUAUAUAUAUAUAUAUAUAUACACACAUACACACACACAUAUUUUAACAGAUAUUAGAUAUUCAUAUACACGAAAUUGUGAUAUAUAAUUGAAAAGAUGUUAGGUUUGUAUUCAUCUUGUAUGUAAUUAACUCAUAUCUUUUUUUAUUUCACAUCUCGCUCUUAUAGCGUAAUAAUUGCUAGUUUUCGUAAUCGUUAACAUCGAUCGAACGAAUAUGUACGUAUAUGAAUGCAUUUUGCGUUAUGUUAUUUGCGUUACGAUCGACAAGGUGAUACACUGCUGAUACUGUUAGAAAGAACGAUGAUUGUUGGAUUUGCGCGGAAUAAUCGUGGAUAAUGUUUAACGCUUUCUACGCUAAAAAUGUUAUUAAACUUUGAUUCUAUUAUUCGUUGUUAUUGGAUAUUAAAUGCACUCGUCAUCCCUUUGUACAGAAUUCUUUAUUAAAUAGGAAAUGUUCUCUACAACUGUCUAACAAUUUUAAUGAUUAAAAAGUUGCGAUCAUUGCACAACGAUAAAAAGGAAAUAAAUUCUAAAUAGAGAGCAGUAAAA